AAAAUUGUCUAGUUGAGUUGUACAAAGUUCGCUUUGAAUAAUUUGCUUUUCUUGUAUCGUCAAUUGAUUUCUCAUAUUUAAGUGUACGGAAAUUAAACCAAAAAUGUUAUUUACCGUACUCGGAGUUAUUUCUCUCUUCCUGAGAAAAAGAAACAUCAAUUCCACCGUCUCAGGUCAAGAUAAAAACUUCGACCGUCAAGAAGGAUUGGUCACGGGAUCCAACGUGGCCACCAGUGAUGGUCGAAAAAUCGGUGACUGGUGUGAAGAAUCAUCUUUGCAUCUGAAGGAACAGAUCAAGGUUCAGACUGAGGAACCGUCACUGGAGGAACCUGUUGAUGGUCAGAGUGAAGAACCAUCACUGGUAGAGCCUGUCACUGUUCCCGGUGAAGAACAAUCACUGGUAGAGCCUGACAGUGUUCCCGGUGAAGAACAAGCCAGCAAGUCUGCUAAGCCCGGCUGUAGUCAUGAUGACCCUCCAAAUGUGGUCUCGGCUAAGCCCGGCUGUAGUCAUGAUGACCCUCCAAAUGUGGUCUCGGCUAAGCCCGGCUGUAGUCAUGAUGACCCUCCAAAUGUGGUCUCGGCUAAGCUUGGCUGUAAAGAUGUUGGCAAAAGUGCAACCUGUCAGACAGAGGGCGCUGUUCCACCAAAAAAGAAGAAUAAAGACACAAACAUCAUUGAGAUCAACUCACAUCGCUAUGAAAUCGGUGCUGAGCUGGGCAAAGGAGGCUAUGGAACCGUUUUCGCAGCGACCCGUUUACAAGAUGGCCUUCGGGUGGCAGUAAAAAUUGCAAAUUUCAAGCCUAAGCGACUCUUCCGUGUUGAUGAUUUUGACCAGCUACUUCCAGCGGAGAUCGCUCUGCACUUUCUUGCCACUAAAGGCCCCGAGGUUAAAGAACUCGUUCAGCUUCUGGACUGGAAGGUGGAGGCUGAUCGCUACUUUAUGGUCCUAGAGCGGCCCACACCCUGUGUGAGUGUGGGUGAUUUUUUAAGAGACCAUGAAGGCAGGAUCCCAGAGGACGUGUUAAGGAAAAUCAUGUUCCACACAACAAUUGCAGCUGACACAUGCCUCAAACGUGGAGUGUUUCACCGUGAUAUCAAGCCUGACAACUUGCUGAUGAACCCACAGACCUUUGAAGUUAAACUGAUUGACUUUGGUUGUGGUGUUCCCCUUACUGAGGACUAUUACAUAACCUAUUUGGGCACAGUGCAGUUCAUGCCUCCUGAGAUAAAAAAGAUUGGCUAUUACUACGGAGAGCCAGCAACAGUGUGGUCACUCGGGCUUCUUCAGUUUUUGCUAAUGUAUAAAAAAUUUCCAGAAAAGCGUGACCUCCGCAGGAUGAAAAACAAAAAUUAUUACCAAUAUGGAAGGUCAGAAGAAUGCUGUGAUUUCUUCAGCUGUUGUCUGCAAACUAACCCCAGUCUUCGGCAAAAGCUGAAUGCACUCCGUGCCCAUGCCUGGUUUAAGAGAAUUAUAAAAAAGAUCUAGCAUUUGACAAAGGACAGUUUCCAGAAUCUCUCCCAGUUCAGUGCUGGAUUCGGCUAAAAACUCCAGCACCUCCAACCAUAAAAGAAGAAGCAGAGGAUUGUGAGCCAACCUCAACAACAUAGUCCUUUAGCUAAACAUGACUUGAUUCACAGAAAGCUGAACAUAAUUUGGUUCUGCAGUGUCAUAGCUCUUAUUGUAACAUUUACACUGGCUCUAAUUAAAUUCCAUGUAAAAAAAAAAAAAAAAA